AUGGUGGUCAGGGCUGAUUUUGCAUACCCAUUUGGACAAGUUUUGCAUGGAGAGAGAAACAACAGAAUUGAGGAUGGAGCCCUGGCUCAGCUCACCUCAUCAACUUCCACCAUUUGCCUGCCAGCCCAGCCCAUGCUCCCUGGCCCAGGAAGAAGGAAUCCACACGCUUCUCCCAUGCCCCCUGUUGUCUCUCUGUGCAGAAACACUCCCCAGGCCCCAGCCCCAGCACCCUUCUCACAGUCUCUGCUCUCUACAGGAACAGGAGACACUUUCACCAUCAACUGCUCAGGCUUUGACCAGCACGGGGUGGAUCCCGCCACCUUCAAAGCAGUGUUUGACAGAAAAGCCUUCCCUCCAGUCACCAACUUCAGCCUUCCCACUCAUGUCAACAUCUCCUUCACCCUGUAUGCCAUCCUGGAAGUAGAUGCACAGCUUCAACUGAUGACAUCAUUCCUGUGGCUGAAUAUGAUCUGGUACAACCCAUUCAUCAGGUGGAACCCAAAGGAAUGCGGGGGCAUCAGGAAGCUCAGCAUGGCAGCUGAGAACUUGUGGCUUCCAGAUAUCUUCAUCGAGGAGUUCAUGGAUGUGGAUAAGACACCUACAGGUCUCAUGGCUUAUGUCAACAGUGAUGGUCGCAUCAAAUACAACAAGCCAAUGCGGGUGGUCAGCAUCUGCAACCUGGACAUCUUCUACUUCCCCUUUGAUGAACAGAACUGCACGUUCACCUUCAGCUCUUUCAUCUACACAGUGGAGAAUAUGGUCCUGGGCAUGGAUAAGGAUGUGCAGGAGAUUUUGAAAACAUCACAGAACAUCAUUUGGAGCAAGGGGGAGUGGGUACUUCAGGGUAUCCAUCAAAGAAUGAAGAAGACGACUAUGGGCACCAAUGAGUAUGACAAAAUCAUCUUCCAUGUGGCCAUCAGGCGCAGGCCCAGACUCUACAUCAUCAACCUUCUGGUGCCCAGUAGUUUUCUGAUGGCCAUCGAUGCCCUCAGCUUCUUCCUGCCGGCAGAAAGUGGGAACCGUGCCCCAUUCAAGAUGACACUUCUGCUGGGCUACAACGUCUUCCUGCUCAUGAUGAAUGACUUACUCCCGGCCAGUGGCACCCCACUCAUCAGUGUGAAGGAGCCCGUGGAGUUGGUGGGGAAGGUGCCAGGUCCAAAAGAGGCAGAGUUAAAUGGGUGCCCUGGGUCAACAAGGGCCCAGCAAGAAGACGAGGCUCAGAAGCAGCACUUGGUCAGCCUGUGGGUGCAGUUCAGCCGCGUGAUGGACACCCUGCUCUUCCGUCUCUACCUGCUCUUCAUGGCCACCUCCAUCAUCACUGUCAUCGUCCUCUGGAACACCUAG